AUGUCCAACACUUGCUCACUGUGGGACUCUGACCAGCCGGCUUACUACCCACCAAUGGUUGUUCAAUUGAAACCUCGCAUUCGCUACAGCAGCAAAACCAUGGAAGGCAACCAGCAGAAAGUAGAGGCUAACAUUUUGUUACUUGGAGCUGACAAGGUUGGAAAGUCUGCUCUCACCGUGCGCUUUCUAACCAGGCGCUUCAUAGGAGAAUAUGGAGAUAUAGAAUCAAUAUACAGCCAUACUGACAAGAUCGACGGGCGUGAUAUUUGUUUCAACAUAUGGGACUCACUUUGCCCGCAGAAUGAAGAGGAGUCCAGAUACAUCAGCGACAGACAGCUGCAGUGGGCGGAUGGUUUUAUCCUUGUUUACAGCAUCUGUGACCGCGCCAGCUUCAAUGUGGUGCGGCAACAAGUGCAGUGCAUACGGCAAGCCAAGCAAAAACUGGUCAGCACAGCUCAGAUCAUGAUUGUGGGGAAUAAGAGAGACCUCCAGCACCGACGUACAGUGUCCAGUGAAGAGGGGCGGCUGCUGGCGCUCUCAGCAGACUGUGGGUUUUUUGAGGUCUCCGCUGCCGAGACGUACCACGGUGUGCUGAUGGUGUUUCACGAACUGUUUGAGCGUAUCAGAGAGGCGAGGGCGCUCAAGAAGGGCCCUGUGGGAUUCAAAGGUAUCGUGAGGAGCAUGUCAGCAGUAUUUGGAAGGAAGCGGACUGAAUAGUUUCACAUUUCCCCUCAAAGCGGUGGAAGAAUCAGGGAUAAACCCUUUAUGAAAUCCAUAUUGGAGCAAAGACUGAUUAUUGAUCUCAACUGGAUUUUUGCAAGUUCAAAAUCUUACAGGCUGUUCACAUAGCAACCAUCUGUGCUGUAUUUAUUUUAUUGUAUUUAUCUUUGGCCAUGGCAUCGCUGUUUUUUUUUUUGUGGGGGGGGGGGGGGCAUCUGACAUCAUGAGUAACGCUACUAAGGCACUAGUCAACGUGUUCUUUGUGAACAGUCCAUUAUUCCUGAAUGUCCUAAGAAUGUUCAAAUUAGAUUUAAGUAUAAAACAGUAUUGUGUCUCAUUGCUCACUGUUUUUCAGUAUAUUGUAAACUGUCAGUUCUCUCUUUGUACUACCAUCAGUUUUACUGUAGCUAAUAAGUGCAGUUGGUGGCUCAAUCCUUCUUAGUCCCUAUGCAAUUAAAUGAGACUGAUUUUAAAAUAUGGCCUCUAACACGGAUGAUUUAUGAAUAUUGUAACAAUGUAGCAUUUCCUUGUGAAAAUAUUAAUAUUUAAUUUGUUUUGCCCUCGCUAAAGACUUUUUUUGACAGUCAUAAAUUUAUGUGGUAGAAUGUUGCAUUUCAUAAUGAUGCCCACUUUUGCCUUGGUUGAUCCUUAACUUUGCUGACAAUGUGGUUUUAAAGUCCUUACUGUUUCAUUUGAUGCAUUGGUGAUAUAAACUGUCAAACACAGAUUGUUGUAUAUAAUGUAAGUGUAAGAUCAUAUGGUUAUAUUGUUUUAUAAUAAAACACGAGAGAUUUUA